AUGAAUCCGCCGGCUCCUGUCAAGGCGGCGCCCUUGGCUCGCCCAUACCGCGACUUCCUCACUCCGUCCUUGCACAGAAGGUUUACCAGUGCUGCUCUGAUUGGUCUUGCAGCAUGCUGGCUCAUUUCUAUUGCAAUGGCUAGCCCCAGCCUGUUCUGGUCCUGGUUUCCUCUUGGUCCUGCUGGUGUCCGCACUCUCUUCCUCUUCAUCUCGUCGCUCUCCAUCUUUGUCCUCCGAGUUGCUCAGCUGCACUUUGGUCCGCGAACCACCAUCUCGUCCUUCGAGUCUUGCUGGAGCUAUCUUAUGUCUAAGACCACCAUACUUACUUGCUUCUGGUAUUCUCUUUCUGCUUUCGUCUUUGCAGAGCUCUACAUCUUCUCCACUGCCAAAGAUGCCAAUCUUGCAUGGAUCGACCCUGGCAGGUAUUUGAACGAGCGCCCUAUACUCCUCCGCUCUCAGUUUCUCUUCCUGGCUCUGGCUCAAUCUGCCAUCCAUCUCUACAAAGACUACGACCUGAUCCGCCUACCGCAAUCUCCACCCAAGAAUUCGCCAGUCAUGCAGCUGAGGGACGAACUUAAGAGCAUCGUCGGCCACACUGUGAAGCUUGUUAGUCUCACCUGCUUGUUCGGUCCUUUUGUCUACUUUGCCAUCUGGAGAAACCUUGCCUGGGCCCUCGCCUUCAAGGUUGGCCGUACGCUGUUCUUCCUGCCCAAAUCUACAAGACCUGCAGGUCUUACCGACCCUUUCUCUCUUAUUGCACGCUUCCUUUGGUCUUCAAUGCUUCUGGUUGCCUUGUGGGAGCUUUCCAAUCGUGCCUUCACCAUCUACACUGCUCAAGAACCUGUCAAGAAGGACAAGCCUCUGACCGCAGACUCAAAAGAUCCCAAUGGUAGCUUGAUUGCUGGACUGAAAGCAAAGAAAGAUAUUCCCAAGACCAUGGCUUUCUGGGAGCUUGCCAUGAUCACUAGAAAAUUCGAGGAACGUAGAAAGACUCUGUUUGCCGAGCUUGACAGAAAGGGUGGAUCUACUUGGUCUCAAGUCUCUGGUACUUGUUUGCUCGAGAUUCAGUCCAUCAUUCAACGCAUCCAAGAUUCACAAGGAGCCAUUGCACACACACCAGAACAACCUCCUCAGCCUAUCCAGACCCUCCCUAAAAUCUCUUCGCGGCCUGUCAGAGAAGAUGCUAUCUUUAUGGCACCAGCACCGCCCUCGACUGGCCUGCAAGCCUUCGAAAAUUCUGUCGGCUUGGUCGCCAGAUCUUACGGCCAAUCCCAUGGUUCCACCAACCCCGUCAGCCCGCGAGCACAAAAACUGCUCGAGUAUGGCGCCGACCGCAUUUUGACCAAGGAGCAGCAGGAACAACUCGGUCGAGCCGGUAUGGUCAACAAUGCUAACGGUCUGAUCUCUUGGCUUAUUGGAACACCACUCGGCAUACCCUUCCGUCAAUCUUUUGCUCGUCGCGUCAACGCGACUGUCUUUGGUGUUCCUGUGAGCACUGGUGCAAUCGUCUCCAACGCCGUACAGGCCGUCUGUGGACUUGCCGUCGCCAGUCUAAAAGAAGACAACCUCGGUCAAGUCCAAAAGGACAUUUCAACCAUUGUGCGCACUCUCAUCAUUACCACACAACAGAUCCAACUUUUUGUCCGAAAUCUGCCACCGCACUGGACAGACGUGGACUUUAACGGCAACCGCAACGUUCCAGAAGUUGAAGAGUUGUUGAAGCUCUUGCGUGAUGGCCUGCACGAGAUUGUCGUCACUUUUGGCGAGUAUGCCGGCAACCUAGGACUCUCAAGGUCCGAGAUGAUGGUUGCUAGAGAGCUGGCUGGCAGGGGUCCCGAGAUGGAGUCUGUCAAAUAG